ACUGGAAAUCUUUGAUAAUUUUGUUUUGAGUCGGUAGUGGAAUACUUGUUCUCUUGAUGUUGUUUAUAAGGCAUGUAAUAUGUCUUGCAGCCGACUACAGGAAUGAAGCUGAAGUUGGAGCGGCACUAACAGAUGCAUUCCGGACUGGGCUUGUGAAGAGAGAGGAUCUCUUCAUUACCACUAAGCUUUGGAAUUCUGAUCAUGGACAUGUUCUUGAGGCAUGUAAAGACAGCCUUAAGAAGCUUCAGCUGGACUAUCUGGAUCUGUAUCUCGUUCACUUUCCUGUAGCCACAAAGCACACUGGAGUUGGUACAACUGACAGUGCUUUGGAUGAGGAUGGAGUACUGGAAAUUGACACCAGUAUCUCAUUGGAGACUACAUGGCAUGCUAUGGAAGAUCUGGUUUCCAAGGGUUUAGUUCGCAGCAUUGGCAUCAGGUGCGCAGGCAGUCCAAAUGAUCAUGCACUUAUAUUUCAUUCAUUUAAUAUGAUAGCAUUAUUCUGGUGCUUGUUUAACCUUGGCAUCAAUGGUGGGAUGCACCUAUACCUUUGAUUAUUUUGAUAUAGAUGUAGAAUAGACUGUUUUUCUUAUUAGAGUCCACGCAAUGUGAUUGACUCUCUUCUAUAUUUGUUCAUGUGAUGAAUAAG